AUGGCAGAUCUAUUCGAGGGAUGCAGCGAUGACGAGGUCACAUUGAAAGUGGAUAACUCGUACGCAAAGAAUUACGAUGCUUGGCGCCGAAAAGAAGAGCUUUCGAAGGCCAAAGCUCGUUACGGGAGCGAUCUCGAAGGCUCGAGUAGUGACGAUGAGGAAGAAGACGAUGAAGCCAGUCAAUGGACAUCGGAGCACGAGAAGAAGUUCUUGAAAACUCUCAGCGCCAUCAAAGCUCGAGACCCGAAAAUCUACAAUAAGGAUGAGGUCAUUUUUCCGGAAGUGUCGACGAGUCAGCCCAAGAGCGCUGACAAGUCCGUCGAGACACCGAAGAUGACGCUGAAAGACUACGAGCGUCAGAUCAUGACUUCUGAGGGUGGUCGUUACGCUGAUGAAGAUGAAGACGAGCAACGUAGGAGGGACUUAUUCGAGGAAACGCACCAAGACAGGCUGGCGUACGACGCAGAGCAGCGAGAAAUUCGUGAAAGUUUGAAGAAGGCUGCUUGGGGCACGGCGGGUGAUACCGAUGCUCAGGAGGAUGAUCAGGACGACGACGACGGAGUUCUGCUGGCGAAGAGAGAGUCCAAAAGCGAGCAAGAACAAGCUAAGGACGAUGAGGAGUAUGUGAAAUGGCUGAAGGGAGAAACACAGAGACUCUCUAAUAAGAAAGACGCGAAGGACCUAGCCACUUUGAAACAAUUAUGGUCCGCGGAAGGUGACGGGAAACUCGACGAUGCCGAAAAGUUCCUCCGGGAUUACGUGCUCAACAAAAAGUACCUCACGGCCAGCGAAGCAGACUGCCGUUUCGAAGUUGACUUCAGCGAUGAUGAGAAAGACCUUGCCGCUUCGACGCAAUUCGAACAGAAGUACAACUUCCGGUUCGAGGAUCCUGAUCCGGAGUUCAUCAAACGCUACCCUAGAACGAUAGAAGACUCCAUGCGCCGAAGAGAUACCCGACGUGUCGAUAAGAAGGCCGAGAAGAAAGCGAGGAAGGAACAGCUCAAAAUUCAGAUGAGAGAGGAAGUCAACCGUCUGAAGAGUUUCAAGAAGAAAGAGAUUGUGGAGAAAAUCGAGAAACUGAAGAGCAUAGCCGGUAGCGGGGAUGUUGCCUUCAACGACGCUGACCUCGAAGAUGAUUUUGAUCCUGACGAGCACGACAAACGCAUGGCGGCACUAUUCUCUGGAUACGACAACGAGGCAGGGGAGGAAGAUUACCCAGAACUCGGCGAGAACGAGCACGAGGACCUCCGGUGGGACAAUUGGGACGAUUACGAAGCUGGGGAGGGAAGCCCCGCCGGAGAAAAGGAAUCUCACCGUGAGACCCAAGCAUCGAAAGAGAAGACUUCCGGGGACAGUGAAGAAUCGGCAGAGGAUUCAGCUCCGGGGGAGGACCUUAACAAUGAAUUCGAAGAUGAAUCGCAUGAGGUACCUGAAGCGAGCCAAGCCUCGAAAGAAACAGACAUUAGGGACUUGGAUCCAGACACGCAUGGUGACGGAAUCGAGCGGAACGAGUCCGGCAAGCUUCUGGUUAGGGGCAAGAAAUCGGCAAAGCUCGUGUUGGAAGACCUCCUCCCGACAAAAACUGAACGAAAGCGUAAGAAGUCAAAAUUCGCAGAGGCUCUGUCCAAGCAUAAACCGACCUUCGAUCCGACGAAAGACGAAUCCUUCGAGAAAUAUUUCAACGAGUAUUACAAGUUGGACUUUGAAGAUGUCGUGGCUGGCGUACCUACGAGAUUCAAAUAUCGUCAAGUCAUACCGAACGAUUUCGGUUUAUCCACCGAGGAAGUCCUCCAGUCCAAGGAUAAAGAGUUGAACAAGUGGUGCUCCCUGAAAAAAAUGGUGCAAUACCGCUCGAAAGAUGAGGAAGACAAAGAUCUGCAGGUGUUCUCGAAGCGACGAGACCAUCUGCAUCUGAAAAAGAAAAUACUUACCUCUGCUUAUGCCCCUGAGGAGGAGAAGGUGGACGAAGAAGUCAGGAUAGCAGCUGGACGUGACGCAGACGAACCUGUCAAGAAAUCGAAAUCCAGAAAGAAUAAAAAGAAGAAGACAAGCGUCGAACAAGUCGUCGAUGGUAUUGAAGAGCCCGACAAGCUGGCGGCAGCUGGUGCUCCGGAGGACGUCGCUCCGCGCCCGGAGAGAGCGAGGAAGCGGAAGUCCAACUCUAUCGAUCCGCUCUCAGAGGCAAACAAGAAGAAAAAGAAGCGAACGUCUCAAGCUUCCAGAGGAGCUCUCGUCCCAUCCGACCAGGGAACCACCGCCGGGGCAUCGAGAAAUACUGACGAGAAUGAGCAACAAUCCGAAGUGAUGCAACAGGAAGCCGCGGUCAAAUCUUCAGAUGCGAACGAAGCGACGGAUAGCACACCUUGGGACCAGUUAACCCCGAAGCAGAAAAAGAAUAGACGGAAUGCAAUGAUCAAGAAACGCAAGAAGAUGGAACUAAAGCAGAAGAAAUCCGAAAGUGUCAAAUCGAGGAAGUUGAAAUUCAAACCACUCGAAGAUCUCCAGAUUAGCGAUGCCAGGAUGAAAGCAUACGGUCUUAAUCCCAAACGAAUCAAGGGCGAUCUCGUAUACCGAGAAGACGUCUCAGGGGAGAAUCGACUCUCGGCCAGCUCUCCCUGA